AGCUGACCGCAGGGUGGUGAAAUUGGCCAGUCUCUUGGGUUGCGUGCAGCGUCCAGGGAUUACGAAAAGGCCCCGUUAGAAUAGGCCCCAACGCGGGGCUGUACAUCGUCUUUUCCUACCCCCCUCCUCUUUCACUUUCUCUCUUAUUUCCCUCACUUCCUUCCUAGACUUGCACCUUCACGACACAUAGACCGGCACCGACGCAUAGACGCUAAAUCCCACGUUUUCACACGAGUGGAGGACGAGACAGACAGAUCGGAACCGGAACACAGUCAGAUCCGAGAAACACGGUGACAGUCUGCAGAGGAUUUUGAAGGGACAACUAGACCCGUUACGCGCGGAAGCUCAUUCAUAUAUCUGUACCUGAUCACACGACGGUGCCGUUCAACCCAUCCGACACUCUAGACUAGAUGGAUUACUUAGACUAUUCGCAGUUGUCGCCGGUAGACGACCCAGACGCCCCAGCAGCACGCCCCAGCAGAUUCCGCACCCUCUCCUCAUCUGAUCAACGACCUCACUUCCUCAAAGAGCGUGCAGCCAGCCAGCCACCCCGCACAGCAGACGCACUUCCCCCUCCCUCCCCGUCCUCACAGUUCACGAAUCCAUCCAGCUUCGGCAGAUCCACCAACGUCCCCUGGCCCACAUCACGCAUGCAGUCCACCCUCAACCCCCAGUCCCGCCCAGGCGGCCUGCCCGUCUCGAUUCCAACGCGCAGCUCCUCCUUCUCCAACCCCCGCUCUAGCUUCUCUUCCGCCAUGCGCGAGUCCCAGUUCGCGUCGACAUUCGAGGAAGACGACGAAGACGAGGGUGACGACAUAUACAACGAGCGCUACAUCUCACCCAUUUCCCGCGGCCGGCAGUACCAGGACGUGACCCGGAGCCGCUCCCAGUCGCUUGCGACCGCAACCGCGCCGCGCCCGGGGCCAGGCCUCAUCGGGAGCCCGUACAACCAUUCCCCGCUCUGGCCCGAGUCCUCCUCGCUCUCGAGCAACCCGCUCAACAUCCCCGGCAACGGCUCGCGCUACGGCGACAUCCGCCCCCCGAACAGCCGGUACGGAUCACUGGGCACAAUGGGCCGAUCGCCGCUGCACGACCUCGACGGGGGCGCAAACGGCACGCCCGGCGCGCGCGGCACGAUCGACGCCUCGAACAUGUCCCCGUUCGUGCGCGACGUCGGCCAGAUCCUGCUCGACGACGGCGCCGCAUUCCGCGAACUCUGGCCGGGUAUGCACCCGCCAAAAGACGAGAGCGGUACCGGCAGCGGCACCACCAGCCGCCGCCACUCUGUCUCCGUCGUCCAGCCGCGGCGCCCGACCGUGCACGGGUUCAACUCAGCGGGCGCGGCAGGCAACAACGGCGGCGGCGGCGUGUUCGCGGACCUCGACGCAGACCUGGGCCCCGGCGCGGGCCGCCCGAACAUGUUCCAGACGCAGUCGUUUGGCCGCGGCGGGCUCAAGCUCUCGGAUGACGAUCUCGCUGCCGACCUCAACAUGCUCGGGCUCACCGGCGGCGGGCCGAGCUCCGGCAACACGGGGCCGGGCGGACAGCCGCCGAGCCAGCCGUCGUCGCUGCCCAUCUUCGCGCCGCUGUCACGCAGCCCGCCGAGCAACGACCGCGUGUCGCCGUACCAGUCGCUCAACGUGACGAUCCCCGGCUCGUUCUCGGGCGCGGGCCGCGGGCGCUUCGGGUCGCCGAGCGAGGGCGGCGGGUUGUCUGCCGUCUCGGCGGUGUCGGGUGGUGGGGACGGGUUUGAGCAGCACACGCCGUUAGGGGACCAGUACUUCAGCCCGCAGCAGGCGCAGCAUCAACAGCAGCAGCAGCUCACGGCACGGUUCAUCCCGGGGCAAGGGAUUCAAUACGCUCCCGCGCCUGGCACGUCGCCGUCUUUCCACCGCACGACCUCGUCUGGUCCACUCUCGCCUACGUCCGCGCGCGCUAUUCAGCCACAGCAGGGUCCCUACUACCAGCAACAGCAACAGGUAUCACCCCAACUCCAGCGCCGCCCCUCGGACGCGCAGGGCCCCGCAGGCGGACUGCUCAACGAGCUCGGCAAAGGCGUGCCGCUCUCGAGCGUGCCCGCCUCGUGGCCGCUGUACAUCGUCGAGUUCAAAGCGGGGCGCACGGACCUGUUCUACCUGACGGACCUGAGCGUCGACAUCCGCGUCGGCGACCUCGUGAUCGUCGAGGCGGACCGCGGGAAGGACCUCGGCAAGGUCGUGAAUGACUCGAUCACGCUCAAGGAGGUCGAGGCGUUCCAGCGGGAGCAGCGCGAGCGCGCGGGGUUCGCGGCUAUGGGUGGCGGAGGCGGGGGUGAUGGGGUGCCGAUGAGUCCUGGUGGGGGCCAGGGGCAGCAGGGGGGCGGGGCUCCGGGAUCGAAAAAGGAUAUUAAUCCGAAGAUGAUUUAUGGCAAGGCGGGGCCGCAGGAAACGCAGAUGCUCAUGACCAAGAUGCAGGACGAGAUGAAGGCGCUGCAGCUCUGCCAGAGCAAGGUGCGCCAGAAGAAGCUGCCGAUGGAGGUCAUCGACGCCGAGUACCAGUGGGACCGCCGCAAGCUGACGUUCUACUUUAUCGCGGAGAAGCGCAUCGACUUCAGAGAACUCGUGCGCGAGCUCUUCCGCCUCUACAAAACCCGAAUCUGGAUGGCCUCCCUUCAAGGCCCUGGCGGGUUCGACCAAUGAACCCCUAUCGCCUUGAGCGAGCAUCCCUAAAAUUUGUCCUAAUCGAAAAGAUGUUCGCUACGAAACCGUCGGCAUCCUGUUCUCCAUUUCCUCUUCAAGCUCUCCCUUGCCUCAUCAGUCCGACCGCCUCACGACUACGCAUGCCGCAUCGAAUACACCAACUCAGCCCACUCACAAUCUAGAUUACGCGCAUUAAACCAAAUCUUCGUCGUUUGUUCGCUCGCUCAACGCAAUCAACAUGCCGCGAUUCUCGCGCUGACCUAGACUGCAAUAUCCCCCUCUUCUCUUCUCUCUUCCUUUUCUGUUAUUGAUGUUGUUGCUGCCGCCCCCGCUGUGUACGAUGUACCACUAGUUCCCUGUUCAACGUUUUACGUCUUUUACGUCUUACGGUUUACGAUUUACCGCCCUCCUCCGAGUACCCCGCCGCCGUCGCUUGCUUAUUUAUGCCCUCCCUCCCUCCCUGCACGGUCCACGGUCUGACUGACUGAUUUUAUAAGAUCGCUUCGCGCUAUCCUCUUCUCGUAUACUCCAAGAUGGACACCUGGCCUGUUGACUAUAGCUUUUGUACGCACGUUGUACGUUAGAGCCGGCAUCUGCGGAAGGCGCUUCUUAUCGCCGAACUCCAUGUCACAACCCUAUAUUCUCCUCAUCUUUUUCUUCCUUCCUUCCCUCCCCUCUCUUCUCAUCCAUCCUCUUUCCUUUCCUCAUGCUCUCGCCAUGGCGCCUUGUUGCCAUUGCUAUGCCAGAGAGGAGAGGCUGUACUGUACGCGGGCCCGGGUUUGGUCUUGCAUUGUCUUGUGUUUCUCUCUUUUCUCAGAGAGGAGUCGCUCUUCUCACACACAUAAAAGUAUUAGAGCCUGGUCGCGAUCGAUUCUAGAUUGACUAGUUGUGGGUCGUACGAUGAUGGUUCUUUAUGUCCAUGCUGUAUAGUAGUAUAUAUUCGUGAUUUCUAACCUUUUGGACGUGUAGUGUGGCGAGGUGGUGGCGGCGGCUGCGAACGAGGUGCAGGGGUCCAGGUGUUGGAUGGAGGCUUCGUGAUUGAGAUGAUGCGAGCGCGAGCGUGGGUGGAUGAUACAGUAAGGGUACGAUAGGGAUACACGGGAACAUGAACAUGGGGGGGGUUCUAAUGAGAAGUUCGUCCCGGGGGCUACUGGGAUGAGGAAACACUGUUAUCGUGGUUCUCGUUCGUGGGCGCGGCGCCGUUGGCGUCUGUCCUGCCCUCGGCGGUCACCCACUCGCGGCGGUCCAUGGGACACUGCUGCUUCGACGAGGCCGUGCCGAUCCACUUGAGCAGACAGUGCAUGUGGAAGACGUGUGUGCACUUGCCCCAGAUGAGCGGACAGUCGUCCCCGGGCACCUUGCACGCCGGGCAGCACCCGUCGUAGGCCACGCGGCAUAUGCCGCACACGUCCUCCUCUUCGUCGUCGUCUGCGGCUUCGUUGCCCGUUUGCCAGCGCCACUGGGCGACGGCGCUCCAGUGUUUGAUCUUC